UUCCGGUAUUUAUAUACUGCCAAAAAUACCAACCCUGUUCGCGAAUUGCAUUGGAUAAUAUAAAUAAAGCGCAGCGCCCAAGAAACCACGACCGAGAUAAGCAGCUGGACAGGAAGUGAGCCACACGGAGCAGCGCAACCGCCGCCCGCAACACACACACACACACAGAGGAGCACAGACGCCAUGCCCACACAAGCCCAGCUGAGGCCGAUCCCGCGGCUAUUCCUGCUCAUCUUGCUCAUCCUGGGCGCCAGCGGCGAGAAGGUGCUGCAGGAGAGCUUCCUGGGGCUCCAGGACGCUCCGCCGACGGUCCACGAGCUGGGCGAACUGCUGCGCGACCUUCGGCUCGUGCCGUCGCGCCUAGACUUUGGAACGUGGUCCGUCGGCCAGGCGCGCUCCCAGACGGUGACGCUGUUCAACCAGCACUCCAACCGGACGCUCCAGCUGAACGCGGUGACCGGGCCGAGUCCGGCGUUCUACAGCAGCUUCCUGGGGGCCAGGGAGGUGCCGCCGCAGGGCAACACCACCUUCAGCGUGGUCUUCCUGCCGCGGCAACUGGGCGCCAUUGCGGGGGAUCUGCUCAUCCACACCUCCUUCGGCCAGGCCGAGCUGGCGGUGCGCGGCGAGGGCAGCGAGUGCCCGUACCGCCUGAAGCCGCUGGUGGGCAUCAAGGCGCCCAUGAAUGCGACGCUCACGCCGGAGAUUCACAUGUACAAUCCGCACGAGCGGCCGCUGCAGAUACUCGAGAUCUACAGCAGCGGCGGCGAGUUCCAGCUGGAGCUGCCCAGCGGCGGUUCGGAGGGCCCGCAGAAUCUGUGGGAGAUUCCGCCGCACACUUUAAAGCCCGUGAUUAGGAUCUCCUUUCAUGGCCGCACCGCCGGCAACCACAGCGCCUACAUACGCAUCAAGAUCGCCGAGCAGGAGCUGGAUCUUGGCCAGGACAACGUCCUGGUCAUACCCGUCGAGUUCGAGAUCCUGCCAAGGCAUUCAGCCUACGCCCGCAACCCGCUGGCGGACUUUGGCCGCGUGGCCACUUUGAAUGCUCCGGAUGCCCUGCAGUUCAAGCUGGACGUGCGGAACGAUGAGAGCCGCCUGCUCUUCGGCAGCUACCUGCGCCGGAUUCCCGGCCUCUCGUUCGACGCCAACAACACGAGCAUCGUGCUGGAUCCCACGCUCUUCGAGGGCAGCGAGACCAUCAACGAUCUGCUGGUGAUCAAGAGUAACCAGUCUAGUCCAGAGGCGGAUGAAUCAUUCACAGUGGUGGUGCGCGCAGAGAUCUUCCACGGAGGCCUCUCCUUCGAUGGAAAUGUCACUAGGUUUGUGACCCACUCACCGGAAGGAGCAGAAGGAGCACCGCUGGAGAGAAAGCGAUCGCUGGUGGUGCGCAACAACUUCGCCAUGCCUUUGAUUCUAUUCAACGUGAGUCUCAGCGAGCCCGUCGACGAAUCUAUCUUGGAAGUAACCCUGCUGGGCGAUCCCAGGAUAGUCCUUCAGCCAGGCGAAGCCGUGGAGCUGCUGCGCCUGAACCUGCUCAACGACCAGGUGGCGUUUAAAUCCCAUCUGCGGAUUGAGACAAACGUCACAGUGUUCAAGCUUCCCUUGGUCUCAUGCAGUGGACGCCUACGCGUGUCCACGCAGCCAUUUGUGCUUAAUCUCCAGCAGGAGGCGCCGCUGGAGGAGGAGGAGGAGCUCGAUCUGGGCACUGUGCCAUUCGCCGAGAUGUCGCGUGAUGGAUUCGUCAUCCUGCGCAACGACAACCCGGUGCCCGUGAAGAUAACCAACUGGUUCUUCAAGCACCCAAAGACCGUCUACUCGCAGUGCACUUUUCUGGGCUGUCGUUCGGGCAGUCUGCUGAGUGCCGAGAACGAGACGAAGGGCUGGCAUUUGUGCACGGAACUUCGCUCGGGUGAGAUUGCCGUGUUCAAGGUGGCCAUCCAGACGUACGAGGCGGAGGCCACAUUUGGAACCCUCAAGGUGUGGACGCCAUACGAGGUAAUACGCGUACGUGUCAAGUUCGAGGCCUCGGUGGGGCAUUUGGAGAUUGAGCAGGAGCAGCUCAGCUUCAAGAACUGCUUUCCCGGCCGAAUGUGCACCGCCGUGCUGAGCGUGCGAUCGAGUUUCACGCAUCCGGUGCACGUGAAGGGCAUCUCCUUUGCCUAUCCGCUUGGCCUGCGCUUCAAGGACUUCAACGCCAAGGGCACUACGAUUGCCCCACAAACGCUGACCAAAGUGGGCCGCAUCUACUUCGAACCAGCGGCCCUGUGUCGCAAUCAGUGCUACAUUAGAGAGUCCACCAAUGAUCUGGCCAUCUUUCCCAGCGUCCCGGGAGGCGGCGGCGAUGGCAGCGUCAUCAACAAUAAUCUCCUCUAUGAUGGAGUGGAGUUGCGGCAGCGCACGGAGCACUUUAGGAAGCUGAGACGCCAGCUGUCCAGCAUGUCGCUGACUUUACACAGCGAGGAGCUGCCGCCGCUGGAGCUGGACUUCGCCAUACCCAUCGAGUGGCCCAAGCUGGUGCAGUUCCAGCCCAUCCCGCCCACGCCGGCCAUAGAGGUGGGCCAGGUGCAGCGCCAGUGGAUCACGCUGACGAAUCCCUCGCAGAAUCCCCUGCUGCUCGACUACUUCCUUUCGGAUCCGGCCUUUGCCCGCCGCACCCAGCUUUCCCUGCCGCACGAGGUGAUCGAUGUGAGCUCCACGAGUUGCUAUCUCACGGAUAAGGAGGUCUUCGCCCUGCCAGAGGCCGGGGAUCCCAUCCUGCUGCCCGGAGGCGCCAGUCUGAACAUCCCCAUCACCUUCAGCGCCCAGCAGCCGGAAAAGUACUGCACGCUGCUGCACGUGAGGAGCAAUCUCACGCUGUACGAGGCCGUCUGGCUGCAGGCGCGUGCCGUGCAGUCGCAGUUCCGCUUCGGGAAUCGUCGACCGGGAUCUGGAUCUCCAUUGCUCUUUGAGUUGGCCACCGAGCAGUUUCAGGGCUGUCAGUCUGGAAAUGGAGCAGUGGUGGCCACUCGUAGUUUCACUGCCCGCAACUCGGGUGUGAUUCCCAUGCGCAUCGAAGGCUUUCUCAUUGGUUCGCUGCCCUGCGAGGACUACGGCUUCAAGGUGAUGGACUGCGAGGGCUUCGAUCUCGGCGAGAACGAAACGAGGAAGGUGGAAAUUGCUUUCAGCGCGGACUUUACUUCCUCGAGGGUCAAACGCUCGCUUACCCUACUAACCAACCUCACCUACGACAUCAGCUAUCUUCUGCUGGCCCAAAUGCCUGCGGAAAGUGUGGAGCUGUGCGCCUCCCUGUUGGUGAGACCCGCAUGGGAGACCUCCCUGAAGAAUGCCGCUUUGGUAGUGCUCCUCGCCAGCUUUGGACUCGUACUGGUGGCCGCUGUCUUCGAUGCGAAGGCCAUAAUGGUUCAGCAAAGUGCCUACGAUGCGGCCAGGAACAAGGGACCUCUGCAGCCCACUUUUAAUCUACGGAACAUCGUGAAACUGCAGGCGGAGGAGGCUGCGGCCAAGGCGGAGGCUGUGCAGCAGCAGCAGAAGGCCAGGAACGGGCAACUUAAGGAGCUACGCAAGCGAAGCGUAGUGAACACGACAUCUAAGUCAAAAUCAAAGACCUCCUGGUCGCCAUGGAGCAUGGAUAUGAAUGCUCUGAGCAAGCACCUGCAAAAAGCGAAACCAAAGAUUCCAGUUACUCCCCCAACUGCUGCUGCUUCUGCUCCUGCUGCCCCCCAACCGGAAACUAAGCCGGUGAAGAAAUCAGCGACGCCAUCUCCCCAGGCUGUUCCCAUCUCAAAUCAAGUUCGUCCGCAGAAGAAGGUGAAACCCACUUCUGUUGUGACCCCUGUGACUGUGAAAAGCAAGCCGGAACCCUCUACCCCCGUUGUGGAACAGCAGGAGAAACCCUUGACCAAAUCGAGUCCACCGCAACAGGAGAACAUAUCGCCCAAACCGAACAAGGCAACAGAACCUCGCGUGCUCAAAGAACAGAACGGAUCUGCCAAGAAAAUAGGAAAGACGCCGGGAAGAGAGCGGGAAAGGGAGCGCCGCAAGGAACAGAAGAUGACAAAUGGCUCGGGGAAUGCUGGAUUAGGAUUCAAGAAGCCGGAGCGAAAGCAGCGGCAGAAGCUCAACUUCGGGCAGACCACAAAUAGCGCCUCGCCGCCUUCAUCGCCGGAUGCUCUGAAGUUCGUAAACUCUGUGUGGGAGAUGAACAGUCACGGCUCCUACCGGGAUGCUUUGCAGACCCCGCAACUGGCGCCCGCUGACAAUGGUUUAGGUUGGAGCAACGGUUCGUCCUCGAGUGAUCUUGGACCGAUCGGGGAUAGCCGGAAGAACGCCACGCCACCUCAGGUGCCAGCUGCGUGGGAUCCUAUUUCCAGUAAUUCCUUCUUUGGCAACGGAGGGGUGGAUUUCGCCACACCAGAGGUUACCUACGAGCAAAGGGAGCGGGAGAAGCCACAAUGGGAUCGGCGCAGCGACUUGAUUCUGCAGCAGCAACUACUUCUGCAGCAGGAGUUUCAGCAGAGGCAGCAGGAGAACCUCUCAAGCAACUGGGCCACCAACUGGCUGCCGCCGGUAUACUCCUCCUGGCCGGACGCCGCACCCAGCCUGGGUGUAAUGCGUCCUCCGCCAGGUCUAGAGCAAAACCCACGCCAGACGCACAACCUUGCACAAGAAGCGGGCUCCGAGGGAGCUGCAGUUCCCGGCGAGAGCAGCCUACCCACGCAGUACGAUCCCUUCACCUCGCCCAGCUCCAUCUGGUCGGAUACUUGGCGCCAGUCCUCGCAGCGCAACAGCCACAAUAACCACAUGAACUAAGGACUAAGGGGAACGACGAGGAGGAGCAAGCUCACUGAUCAAAGCGAAUCAACCAAAUGAAAUUCUUACCACUUAGGUUACCACUAGGAUACGCGACGAUGGAGGAACACGCAGAAUGAUCUUUUCCAAUUUGACUUUUGACUAAUAAACGCAAAGAUAAAUGACUUUCAUA